AUUUUUCCCGCGCUCUCGAUCGACAAACGCGCAAGGAUCGCUCGUGUUGUUCAGACAAUUUUCAACGUGUAUCACCCAAAAAACUAUGCCUGAAUCAAAGUGUGUGCUCAAAUUUGCGAAGCUUUCAGAAAAUGCAUUCGCUCCAUCCAAAGGAUCAGCAAAAGCGGCAGGAUUCGAUUUGAAGAGUGCCUAUGACUACACCGUUCCCGCUCGCGGAAAACAGCUGGUGAUGACCGACAUCCAAGUGCAGGUGCCGGAAGGUUGUUACGGUCGAGUAGCGCCACGAUCCGGCUUGGCCGUCAAGAAUUUCAUCGAUGUCGGUGCCGGUGUGGUCGACGAAGACUACCGGGGAAACGUAGGAGUAGUUCUGUUCAACCACUCCGAGACGGAGUUCGAGGUAAAGAAAGGCGAUCGUAUCGCGCAGUUCAUUUGCGAAAAAAUCGCUUAUCCGGAUUUGGAAGAGCUUCCGACCCUCAGCGACACCGAGCGUGGUGCAGGCGGAUUUGGUUCCACCGGUACAAACUGAACAUACCGUCAUUCACAGUCGAGACCACACAGUAUGACCAAAUUUGAAGGAUCUCCAGCAGUUUUUCCUUUCAUACGUAUAGAAUUUGCUACCUUCUACUUUAAAUAACCAUGUAGAUCCAUGCCGGCUAAAAACAGGUUUAAUCGAAACUUAUGAGUUGUAGAUUUCAUUUGAAGUUUAGCGCUGGCAAAUUUGUUCCUUAAGCGAAUAAAGUUAAAUGUUUUUCAACAAA